UAUUUUGUCUCCUGCGGGCCACCGUAAUGUUUGUAGGAAAUACCCAGAUUAGCCUGCAGUCGGUCGUGCUGACUGUAUUUUUAGUUUCCAGCGAAUCGCCGCCUCUGCGUAGAUAUUUGCGGCACUCGCUGCGGUAGGUAUUCCCUCCAGGGGGUGAAUUAAAAGGCCAAGCGCUAUUAAAGAAACACACUUGGGCGGAUCGGACGCGUGACACGCUGUGUCGGCACACCAUUUAUGUUGAGCUAACCCGCUAGCAUCGGUUGGUUCGCAGGAUGUCGUACAGGAAAACUUUCAAACUUAUUUGCGGGGUCGCUGGAAGCUCCGCCGUGCUCGUCUUCGCGGCUGCCGCCGCCGAGUCCCGCGGUCUCUUCGGCGAGCGGCGCGCGGACGCGUCGAGGUUCACCGUCCUCCGAGCCGCGCAGCCGGCGUGGGCGCCUGCCAACCACACACCUGCGCCGACCGGACACGCCUGGGACUUCAACUGGGACAAGAGAGACCCAUCUGCGCUGUCCAAUGGGAAGAAGAAGGAGAGUCCUGCCGAGGACCCCAGCUCCGAGCGAGACAACGGCAAACCCAAGGCUACUCGACACAUUCUCCUAAUCAGACAUUCCCAGUACAACCUGAGUGGGAACAGUGACAAGGAGAGGAUCCUGACUCCUUUAGGUCGGGAGCAGGCUGAGUUGACUGGCCAGAGAUUGGCAGCGCUUGGGAUGAAGUAUGAUGUUCUGAUCCACUCCAGCAUGUCCAGGGCUGUAGAGACAGCAAACAUCAUCAGCAAACACCUGCCAGGUCCAGGAGUGGAUCUGGUGAGCUGCGAUUUGCUGAGAGAGGGAGCACCCAUUGAGCCGGUUCCACCCGUCACCCACUGGAAGCCAGACGCUGUGCAGUACCAUGAAGAUGGAGCUCGCAUUGAGGCAGCCUUCCGUCGCUACAUCCACCGGGCUGACCCCAAGCAGAAGGAGGACAGCUAUGAGAUCAUCGUGUGUCAUGCCAAUGUCAUCCGCUAUUUUGUGUGCAGGGCGCUGCAGUUUCCUCCAGAGGGUUGGCUACGCAUGGGCUUGAACAACGGCAGCAUCACGUGGCUCACCAUCCGUCCUAGUGGCAGGGUGGCCCUCAGGACGCUCGGAGACUCAGGGUUCAUGCCCCCAGAUAAACUGACGCGGACCUGAUGGCCCCGCACAUGGAAGGCUCUGCACGGAGCCCUCACUCCUUUUUCCUCCUUAAGUGUCUUGAAAUUUCUUGUGACGUAAUUUUGUAACUGAACUACCAUCGUGUUCUGAGACUGGGGUGGUGGUGUUGUGAUUACUUCCGUGCCAUAGAAGUAAUUAGCAGCUGCAUAGCAACUCCUCCUGAAUGUAAACUGAAGAUUUUUACACAAUGACAGUUUUUUUUUUAAAACCAAAAACUUGUAUUUGGAUAUUGUUGCCAUUGUAAAUGCAGGUUGUGCUUCAAGCUUGACAUUUGUCAUUGCAAUGUACUGAAAAGUGGGUAUUAAUGUUGUGCAGUGCAGCUGUAGAAAAUAAAUACCACUGUCAAAGCAGAAUGUGUCCAUUUGCUU